GAAAAGAAAAAAAGAAAAAAGCGAGUAGACGACUACUAUAAUAGAGCCAGCGAAAGCCGCUUCUUCUUCUUCUUCCUCUCUCGUCCAAUCUUGUAUCGUGUUACAGAGGGAGAGUGUGAUACAUCCAUCGAUCUCUCAAUGCCUGCCCAGAAGCGUUCCUUGCCGGACAACCUCACCGACGAUGACGACGACGACCCCACACCUCACCACCGCCACCGCCCCAAGCAAUCUCGACCCCAAGAUGAACUCCUACAACAACAACAACAAGAGCAGCAAGGAGACGUAGUAGUAGAAAAACAACAACAACAAGAGGAGGAGGAGGAAGAUGAAGAAGAAAACGACGACGUCGAAGAAGAAGAAGAAGAAGAUGAGGAAUACGAUCGAGAUGAAGUUGACGAUUAUGACGGAAGCCCAUCCUCUACCUCUCAACAAAACCCCGAAUUUGUACUUGUACAACUGGCAGAUAUUCGUAAAGAUGUACACUGCCCAAUAUGUCUCGGGAUUAUUAAGAAGACACGGACUGUAAUGGAAUGCCUACACAGGUUUUGCAGGGAAUGCAUCGACAAGUCAAUGCGAAUGGGCUUCCUACAUAAUUUCAGGAACAAUGAGUGCCCUGCUUGCCGCACACACUGUGCCAGUCGACGGUCUUUGAGAGAUGAUCCAAAUUAUGAUGCCAUAAUUGCAACAUUAUAUCCAGAUAUUGAGAAAUAUGAGAAGGAGGAAUUGGCUUUCCAUGAAGAGGAGAGGACUCGAAAUGAGCAGAUACAAGCAUCAAUUGCCCAAAUAUUCCAACGACAAUCAGAAGCUUUAAUCAAGAGACGCUCACUUGGCAAAGAUACCCAAGAUGCAUAUAAUAUGAGAUCCCUGCGCAAUAAUCGGAGUGGUCUCCGAAGGAGAAGAAACUCUCAAGCCACUGAACUCCAAGGGUUUGAAGACAAUGAGGAUGAAACUGACACUAGUAACUUGGGCACAAAAUCGCCUUCAGCUGAAGAGAGACAUACUGAAGUGAGGCCAAGACGGCUAAGAAGACGGACAGGAUUUCGAUCAUCUCAGCCUUCAUCAUCUGUGACCAAUUCAAAUGGAGGAUGCACUGAAAAUGAUGUAGAAGUGAGCCGAGAGAACAGGGGAAUUUCACCGGGUCUUGUGUGGAGCUCUGAAAUGCUUGCUUGGGGCCGGGGUGGUGCUCGGAGUCACACUCGGCAUGGCAUUGCAAGCGGUUGCAGCAAUAAGAGUUCUCGAAGCACUCGCUUAUCAAAGUUGGUCGAUUACCUUCGGAACCUCAAGGAAAACAAUGAUGAGUUAGAUGUUCAUCUCAUGCUUAUUUCUUUGGAUAAAAGAUGCACACCAAACUUGCAGCAGCCUCACCUUUGCUGUAGGCCGAGUUUGUCAGUCAAGCACCUUUGUGAAUAUGUUGCUCGUCAAACACCUUUGCAAGCCGAAGAAGUUGAGUUGUUCUCAGUUAAUGGACACCACAAUUCCAAUGACGAAAAAUUGACUGAUCACCCAUCAGUGUUAAUGAAUGAUCUGGAUUCAGUUCCCCUUUUGGUUGAUCCAUGCAGAUAUGAUUUGCAAAUUCUGCAAGCAGAAGAAACUUUGGCAGGGAUUAAAGCCAAUUGCACUUCCAGUAGGGACCGCUUGAUUCUAGCAUACAGGCGGAAGGAGAUCUAGUUAGGAAAUUGAUUUGGAUGAGAAGAUUGUUGGGUUAACUGUUGAUAGAGUUGUUGUAAAUGUAGUCAAAGAUAUCUCUCACGGGAUGCAUUGAUCCCAUUUGAGAGGCAUUUUUCUUGUUGUAUAAGAGAGUAAAACAUCUGUUUCUAGUAUUUGUUGUAGCACAUAACAGGCUGUUUCCUUGUAUAAGAGACAUUUUUCUUGUUUUUCUUACAGCUGCAUAACAAACAGGCUUUUCCUUGUAAUACUCAUUUUCUAUAGAAUAUUUUUUCCAUUCA